GUCUCUCCGUGACUAGUCCAACAUCACUACACACAACCCGCCAUCGCCGCAUAUUCUCGAACACGAAAGCCGUCGAGGAUUCUACUCCGUGCCCCCCCAUCAUCUCAUCCGCAUUGAUUCCCGUUGAUCGCAAGGACCCACCGAGAAACUCCCAGCUCUAGCCAAACGACACGCGACGACGAUGGCCUCGUUGCCUCCGCCGCCGCCCCCUGGAUGGCAGGGCAUGUCGACGCCCGGUGCUCCGCUACAUCCGCCGCCACCUGGAUACAGACCACCGGCGGACCCGGCGCAGGCAAAGUUUGAUCAGAAGAAGAAGGAGUGGCUGCGGGUUCAGAAGAAUCGCUUCGGCGAGAAGCGCAAGAAGGGCUAUGUCGACACCCAGAAGGUCGACAUGCCGCCGGAGCAUCUGCGGAAGAUUGUAAGGGACAUUGGUGAUGUCAGUCAGAAGAAGUUCUCGGCUGACAAGAGAGCCUACCUUGGAGCACUCAAAUUUAUGCCCCAUGCAGUCUUGAAGCUAUUGGAGAACAUGCCCAUGCCCUGGGAGAGUGCGCGAGAAGUCAAGGUGCUCUACCACGUGAACGGAUGUUUGACGCUCGUGAAUGAGAUCCCGAGAGUCAUCGAGCCAGUGUUUCAUGCGCAAUGGGCCACGAUGUGGGUGUGCAUGAGACGAGAAAAGUCGGAUCGACGACACUUCAAGCGGAUGCGGUUCCCUCCGUUCGAUGACGAGGAGCCUCCGCUGUCGUGGAGCGAGAACAUCGAGGACGUCGAGCCGCAAGAGCCCAUCCAGAUGGAGCUUGACGAGCAGGAGGAUGCGGCAGUGAUCGAGUGGUUCUAUGACCACAGACCGCUGCUCGAUACGCCGCACGUCAAUGGCCCUUCGUACAAGAAGUGGAAUCUCGACCUUCCGCAGAUCGCCACGCUGUACCGUCUGUCCAACCAGCUCCUCUCCGACAUCGUCGACAAAAACUACUUCUACAUGUUCGACCGUAAUUCUUUUUUCACUGCUAAAGCCCUUAAUGUCGCAAUCCCUGGCGGACCGCGUUUCGAACCUCUCUACAAAGAUGUUGACCCUAACGACGAAGAUUUUGGAGAGUUCAAUGCGAUUGAUCGGAUCAUCUUCCGGUCGCCCAUCAGGACCGAAUACCGCGUGGCGUUCCCUUACCUGUACAACUCUCUCCCCAGAUCAGUAGAGCUGUCGUGGUACCACUACCCUCAGAUCUGCUACGUACGAACCGAGGACCCCGACCUGCCCGCGUUCUAUUUCGACCCUAUCAUCAACCCGAUCUCGUCGCGCUCAGUGGCACCAAAGAACCUCACCAUCUCCCACGAGGACGAGGUGUUUGGCUACGGAAACGAUGAGGACGACUUUGAGCUGCCCGAGGAGAUCGAGCCAUUCAUGGCCGACGAAGAGCUCUAUAGCGACAACACUUCGCCCGCUAUCGCCCUGUGGUGGGCACCUCAUCCCUUCGACAAGCGGUCAGGCAGGACGGUCAGGGCCGAGGACGUGCCGCUGGUAAAGCAAUGGUAUCUCGAGCACUGUCCGACGGGCCAACCUGUGAAGGUUCGGGUGUCGUACCAGAAGUUGCUCAAGACCUACGUUCUCAAUUCCCUCCACACGAAAACCCAGAAGGCGCAGAAUCGGCAGGAUCUCUUCAGGACUCUCAAGGGAACCAAGUUCUUCCAGACCACGACUAUCGAUUGGGUUGAGGCGGGUCUGCAGGUGUGCCGACAAGGUUUCAAUAUGCUCAAUCUUCUGAUUCACCGGAAGAACUUGACAUAUCUGCAUCUCGAUUACAAUUUCAACCUCAAGCCCGUCAAGACGUUGACCACGAAGGAGCGGAAAAAGUCUCGUUUCGGAAAUGCGUUCCAUCUCAUGCGUGAGAUUCUUCGUCUGACGAAGCUGAUCGUCGAUGCUCAAGUUCAGUACCGGUUGGGCAACAUUGAUGCCUUCCAGCUUGCCGACGGUAUCCUCUACGCUUUCAACCAUGUCGGCCAGUUGACCGGUAUGUACCGAUACAAGUACAAGCUCAUGCACCAGAUCCGGGCGUGUAAGGAUCUGAAGCAUUUGAUCUACUACCGCUUCAACUCCGGACCGGUGGGCAAAGGACCCGGAUGUGGUUUCUGGGCUCCGGCAUGGCGGGUCUGGCUUUUCUUCAUGAGGGGUAUCUUGCCUCUGUUGGAGAGAUGGUUGGGCAAUCUGUUGGCGAGACAGUUCGAGGGCCGUCACAGCAAGGGUGUCGCGAAGACCGUCACCAAGCAGCGUGUCGAAUCCCAUUUCGAUCUUGAGCUUCGUGCGGCCGUCAUCCACGACAUCACGGAUAUGAUGCCGGCGGGCAUGAAGUCGAACAAAGUCAACACUGUCCUGCAGCAUCUCAGUGAAGCGUGGCGGUGCUGGAAGAGUAACAUUCCCUGGAAGGUUCCCGGACUGCCGGCGCCGAUCGAGAAUGUCAUCUUGCGAUACGUGAAGAGCAAGGCCGACUGGUGGGUCAGCGUGGCCCAUUACAACCGAGAACGUAUAAGACGCGGUGCUACGGUAGAUAAGACGGUUGCGAAGAAGAACCUCGGACGGUUGACGCGAUUGUGGCUCAAGGCGGAGCAGGAAAGGCAGCACAACUACAUGAAGGACGGACCAUACGUCUCUUCGGAGGAGGCCGUCGCUAUCUACACCGCCGCCGUGCACUGGUUGGAGUCCCGAAAGUUCUCGCCGAUUCCGUUCCCCAGCGUUUCUUAUAAGCACGACACCAAGAUAUUGAUUCUGGCUUUGGAGCGCUUGAGGGAGGCUUACUCGGUCAAGGGCAGGCUUAACCAGAGUCAGCGUGAGGAGCUGGCUUUGAUCGAGCAAGCUUACGACUCGCCCGGAACUACCCUCACCCGGAUCAAGACUGCGCUUCUGACCCGCCGAGCGUUCAAGGAGGUCGGCAUCGAUAUGAACGACAACUACAGUACCAUCAACCCCGUGUACGAUGUCGAGCCUAUCGAGAAGAUCACCGAUGCUUACCUGGAUGCCUACCUCUGGUAUCAAGCGGACCAGCGCCAUCUCUUCCCCGCCUGGAUCAAGCCUUCCGAUUCCGAGGUUCCGCCGCUGCUUGUCUACAAGUGGGCCCAGGGGAUCAAUAACCUGAACAAGGUGUGGGAAACGGCCGACGGUGAAUGCAACGUCUUGCUUGAGACCCAGCUUUCCAAGGUCUACGAAAAGAUCGAUAUUACCUUCCUCAACCGCUUGCUCCGCCUGGUCAUGGAUCACAAUCUUGCCGACUAUAUCACUGCGAAGAACAACGUCGUCCUCAACUACAAGGAUAUGAACCAUACCAACAUGUACGGUCUGAUCCGCGGUCUUCAGUUCUCGGCGUUCGUCUUCCAGUACUAUGGAAUGAUUCUGGAUUUGCUGGUUCUCGGAUUGGAGCGGGCGUCCGAGAUCGCCGGUCCGCCACAGCGGCCAAACGAGUUCCUACAGUUCCAGGAUCUCAACACAGAAACCAAGCACCCCAUCCGUCUUUACACCAGAUACAUAGACCGUGUUUGGGUGUUCUUCCGGUUCAGUGCAGACGAGGCCCGUGACUUGAUUCAGCGCUUCCUCACGGAGAACCCCGAUCCCAACUUUGAGAACGUGAUCGGCUACCGGAACAAGAAAUGUUGGCCCCGCGACUCCCGAAUGCGACUGAUGCGUCACGAUGUGAACUUGGGACGCGCCGUGUUCUGGGAUCUCAAGAACAGAUUGCCGCGUUCCGUCACCACCAUCGAGUGGGACGAGACGUUCGCUAGUGUGUACAGCCGCGACAAUCCUAACUUGCUCUUCUCCAUGUGCGGAUUCGAGGUCAGAAUCUUGCCCAAGGCUCGGAACCAAAACGAAGAGUUCCCUGUCAAGGAUUCGGUUUGGUCAUUGGUGGACAACAGUUCGAAGGAGCGGACGGCUCAUGCUUUCCUUAAGGUUACUGAGGAGGACAUCCAAAAGUUCAACAACCGCAUCAGGCAGAUCUUGAUGAGCUCGGGAAGUACCACCUUCACCAAGAUUGCCAACAAGUGGAACUCGGCCUUGAUCGCUCUUUUCACCUACUACCGUGAAGCCGCUAUCUCCACCGAGCCUCUUCUCGACACGAUCGUAAAAUGCGAGACCAAAAUCCAGACUCGUGUCAAGAUUGGAUUGAACUCCAAGAUGCCGUCCCGUUUCCCGCCCGCGGUCUUCUAUACGCCGAAGGAAUUGGGUGGUUUGGGCAUGAUCUCGGGAAGUCACAUCUUGAUUCCCACGAGUGACCGAAGGUGGAGUAAGCAGACGGACACCGGAAUCACGCAUUUCCGUUCCGGUAUGACGCACGACGAGGACGUUCUCAUCCCCAACAUUUUCAGGUACAUUCAAACCUGGGAGUCAGAAUUUAUCGAUUCGGCACGUGUCUGGUCCGAGUAUGCGCAGAAGAGGCAGGAGGCCAACCAGCAGAAUCGUCGGUUGACGCUUGAGGACCUCGAGGAUUCGUGGGAUCGUGGUAUUCCCAGAAUCAACACGUUAUUCCAGAAGGAUCGUAGCACCCUCGCUUUCGAUAAGGGUUGGCGUGUCCGUACGGAGUUUAAGAUCUACUCGAUGAUGAAAUCCAAUCCGUUCUGGUGGACAUCCCAGCGUCACGAUGGUAAACUGUGGAACUUGAACGCCUACCGAACCGAUGUCAUCCAGGCGUUGGGAGGUGUUGAGACUAUUCUCGAGCACACCCUGUUCAAGGCCACCGCGUUCCCCAGUUGGGAGGGUCUCUUCUGGGAGAAAGCGUCUGGUUUCGAGGAGAGCAUGAAGUUCAAGAAGUUGACCAACGCUCAGCGGUCCGGUCUGAACCAGAUCCCCAAUCGUCGGUUCACGCUCUGGUGGAGUCCUACCAUCAACAGAGCCAAUGUCUACGUCGGUUUCCAGGUCCAAUUGGAUCUUACUGGUAUCUUCCUUCACGGAAAGAUCCCGACCUUGAAGAUCUCCCUGAUCCAGAUCUUCCGUGCCCAUUUGUGGCAGAAGAUUCACGAGUCGGUCGUUAUGGAUUUGUGCCAGGUCUUCGAUCAGGAGCUUGAGAGUUUGGGUAUCGAGACGGUCCAGAAGGAGCAGAUCCAUCCCCGAAAGUCGUACAAGAUGAACAGUUCAUGCGCCGAUAUCCUCUUGUUCGCCGCGUACAAGUGGAACGUCACCAGGCCCAGUUUGCUUCACGACACGAAGGACACCAUCGAGCAGAACUCGACCAACAAGUUCUGGGUCGAUGUUCAGCUGCGAUACGGAGAUUACGACAGUCACGACGUGAGUCGAUACGUUCGCGCCAAGUUCCUCGACUACACUACGGAUUCGCUUUCGAUCUACCCGUCGCCCACUGGUGUUAUGAUCGCCAUUGAUCUUGCGUACAAUCUCUACGAUGCCUAUGGCCAGUGGUUCCCGGGUUUGAAGCAACUCAUCCAGCAGGCCAUGGCCAAGAUCAUGAAGGCUAACCCGGCUUUGUACGUCCUGCGUGAGCGUAUUCGCAAGGGUCUGCAGCUGUAUGCGUCGGAGAGCAACCAGGAGUUCCUGAACUCUCAAAACUACUCUGAGCUUUUCAGCAACCAGAUCCAGCUGUUCAUUGACGACACGAACACGUACCGUGUGACUGUCCACAAGACCUUCGAGGGUAAUUUGACGACCAAGCCCAUCAACGGUGCUAUCUUUAUUUUGAAUCCUCGUUCCGGACAGUUGUUCUUGAAGAUCAUUCACACUUCCGUCUGGGCCGGUCAGAAACGUCUUGGUCAGUUGGCGAAGUGGAAGACGGCCGAGGAAGUGGCUGCUUUGAUUCGUUCGCUGCCCGUCGAAGAACAGCCGAAACAGCUCAUCGUGACGCGAAAGGGUCUCCUUGAUCCCCUCGAGGUGCAUCUCCUCGACUUCCCUAACAUCUCGAUCCGCGCGUCCGAGCUGCAGCUGCCAUUCCAGGCGGCCAUGAAGAUCGAGAAGCUCGGAGACAUGAUUCUGCGCGCCACCGAACCGCAGAUGGUGUUGUUCAACCUCUACGAUGACUGGACCAAGUCGGUAUCUUCGUACACGGCGUUCUCCCGAUUGAUCUUGAUUCUCCGUGCACUGCACGUCAAUCAGGACAAGACCAAGCUGCUGCUCCGACCGGAUAGGACCGUCAUCACCCAGGAGCAUCACAUCUGGCCAUCGCUUUCCGAUGACGACUGGGUCAAGGUCGAGACUCAAUUGCGCGAUCUCGUCCUGAACGACUACGGUAAAAAGAACAACGUCAAUGUCUCCAGUUUGACUAGUAGCGAAGUUCGGGAUAUUAUCUUGGGUAUGGAGAUCAGUGCGCCGUCCAUGCAGCGCCAGCAGGCUGCCGAGAUCGAGAGUCAACAGCAGGAGCAGGCGCAGUUGACCGCCGUCACAACCAAGACGACGAACGUGCACGGUGACGAGAUGAUUGUCACGACCCAGACGGCAUACGAGCAGCAGGCAUUCGCUUCCAAGACCGAAUGGAGGAACCGCGCCAUCGCUUCGAGCAAUCUGAGGACUCGUGCGAACAACAUCUACAUUUCUUCCGAUGACAUCGCCGACAAUGGGCAGUACACGUACAUCAUGCCGAAGAACAUCCUCAAGCGAUUCAUCACCAUCUCGGAUCUUCGCAUGCAAGUCGCCGGAUUCCUGUAUGGUUCGUCGCCUCCGGACAACGAUCAGGUCAAGGAGAUUCGCUGCAUUGCUAUGGUGCCGCAGAUCGGUGGGCUCAAUAGCGUGCAGCUCCCUCACAAGCUGCCGCAGCACGAGUAUCUCACCAAAGAGAACGGGUUGGAACCUCUCGGAUGGAUCCACACCUGGGCACAGCCACACGAGGCCCCGCAUCUCAACGCCUUCGACACGACACAGCACGCGAGGCUGAUGGCGGCGCAUCCGGAGUGGGACAAAAAGACGAUCACCAUGACUGUCUCUUUCAAGGCAGGAUCGGUAUCUCUGGCUGCCUACAGUCUCACGCCGCCUGGCUUCGAAUGGGGCGCUCAGAACAAGGACAUGGGUAACGACAUGCCCCCCGGCUUCCAGACGACCAUGGGAGAGAAGUGUCAGCUCCUCCUUUCGGAUAAGAUUAUGGGAUACUUCCUGGUGCCGGAGAGUGGCAUCUGGAAUUACUCGUUCCUUGGAGCAGGUUUCGGUGCCGAUGCCGAGAAGAGACCGUACCAUGUCAAGAUUGAUACGCCGCUCGAUUACUAUGCGGAUGUGCAUCGCCCACUGCAUUUCCAGAAUUUCGAUCAGUUGGAAGAUAUUUGGGUGGAUCGGACUGACAAUUUCGAGUAGUCGGUGGUCAGUAGUGGCAGUGGUGGUUGACGAAUGAGCGGCAAUGUAAUGAUGAAAAUGGGAUUUGAUCGGUUGGGGCUGGGUUUGGGGUGUAUAUUUCUCGCACUGUAAAUGGUUGUUUUAUUUAUUGUUCUGGUUUCUGCGUAUUCCUUUGUAUUAGUCUUCAUGCUGUGGCGGUGAUAUCGAGUCGUGUUGGUUGUGAUUUGGAAUUGUCUACCUACGUGUGCAUUUGGAAUGGCUUGUGAAACGUUACACCAGGCCGACCCCACCAGUGGCCGCAGUCAUGACGCAAUAUAUCGCG